ACUUUCUCCUCUGAUCUCCUCUUACCAACAGCGUGACCGCGGUCAUUGACACCACGUGACUCACCUGGACGAUUAAAUCGGAGUCCCCUCACAGUUCCUGUCAUGUGUCGGUCUGCAAUCAAAAUCAGAAACUCACGUCAAAGUCAAAGAUGAUAGCAAGCGAUAUCCACAAGCGGUAGCGACGUCACGAGUCACUUCCGUUUUCCCGAGAAAAUAAAAGGCCCGGGCGUGAUUUAUGAGGUUUGCUUGAGCGUGGCACGGUGUGGUUCACUGUGGGGUAAACGCAGAUACGUAGUGAACCUGUCAGUAACUCGGCUUCAAACAUGCCGCGGAAAUCGUGAUCUUGACGUUUCACCCGAAAAUCCCAAACCGGAAAUGUCAUACUAUUUCCUUUCACUGCGUCUCCGUCUGUCACCACGGAGUGAGAGAAGAUCUACGGGUUUCUAGUGGAAGUCCGCUCUCUAGUACGCGAGCAGGACGAAGCGUUGUGUUGUUGCUGUCGGGUUCAUUCGAGUUGUGGUGCAGCCACGAUCGCGUUGCAGCCGCAGCAGCAAGCCACAAGUCAGUAAAGGUUCAGGAACUGAACCGACAACCUCAGCUGUGUCUGUGGCGGCCAUGUGUGAGGCGCCUCUGGGCACUGGUCAGGUGGAGGAUCAGGUGGAGCACCUGCUGGAAGGCCGGGGGUCAGAGGUCUCAACAUGUGAUGUUGGUCUGGACCAGAGCAAACCGGCCACUCUCAGGAAGACCGUCACCUACAUCGUGAGCGCCGUCAUCUUCAACGAGCAGAACCAGGUGCUGAUGGUCCAGGAGGCCAAACCAGACUGUUACAAACAAUGGUACCUGCCAGCAGGUCGAGUGGAGGUGGGGGAAAACUUUGAAGAGGCACUCAAGAGAGAGGUGAAGGAGGAGGCGGGGUUCGAUUGUGAGCCAAUCACCUUGCUGCUGAUACAGGAGCAAGGACCGCAGUGGAUCCGCUUCGUCUUCCUCGCCAGAGUCACAGGGGGCAGCAUUAAGCCUCUGUCUGCAGCAGACCAAGAGUCUCUGCAGGCCACUUGGUGGGACCAGCAGACGGCCCUCCCUCUGCGGGGACGAGACAUCCUGCAACUCAUCGACUGUGGGCUGAAGUACCGUCAGGAUCCUUGGCAUCCAGUGACCCGACCGGUGGACCUGAGCUGUCGUCAUGUGGUCCAGAGGCUGGUCCUGGUCUACACCAGUGCAGCAGGAGACCUCUGGAUCCUGUUGGUCCGAGCUCCAGUGCUGCACAUUCCCACGGCGGCGGCGUCUGCAGCACAGCGGGCGGCAGCAUGGACGGACCGACGGCAUCUGCUUCAACACUCUGGUGCGGCUGGUACCGGACCCCGUCCGACGCAACGAGGACGGAGAGAAACUGGAGCUGGCGUCCACCAACGAACCUCCCCUUGUGGAGAACCCUCGGUACCUGUGGCACAAGGUCCAGAAGCCGUCUCUGAGAGAGAAGCUGCUGGAGAAGCUGAGGACAACGUCCCUGUUACCGCUGCACAGCCUCUACUGACUACUACCUCGGAGACUCCCAUCUACUUCCCCAAAACACGGACUCCCGUCACUGACGCGUUGUAUUCUUUUCUCUCUGCGUCCUGUGACUCAAGUUUGCCUUGAUGUUUUCAUCACACUCACCAACAGCAUCGUCACGCCACAGUUCGAGUUCCUGUUUUGCUGCUCCUGCAUUCGGAACAGAGAUGCUGUUACUCUAAGUCACUGACUUGUGAGUGUGAAUAAAAUGUAUU